AUGGACAUCAAGCCGUGUGAGGGCGGAUAUGAAAGUAAGACUAGAGUGGGAAAGGAAGGCUUGGCGCGGCUUCCUUUGCUUGGCUCAUUGCGGUUUGACAUUGACUUGUUUGGUUCUGGGUCAGAUCUGUUUGGCUCUGCUCUGCUCUUCUCUGUUCUGCUCGGUGAUGAUCCGAUCGGUUAA